AUAUAAAUAAAGCUUAAUUUAAAAAAAUGGAGAACUAUGAAAACGCUUAUAAAGAUAUUUGCAGAGUUUGUCUAUUGCAUAAAGAUGGUGAAAAGUUUGUUCCUCUUAUUGACAAGACUAGUGCCGACGGCUUAAGUUGUUUUGGUAAAGCUGUACUCAAUUUUGCCAAUAUUUCGCUUAAAAAGGAUGAUAUAUUACCCAGUUUUAUGUGCCAAAAAUGUUUAUUAUUACUCAAACACGCUAUUUACUUCAAACUGAAGUGUGAAUCUAGUCAGAAACGUCUCUCGGUACUGACGAACAAAACUGUAAACAGUGAUUUUAGUGAUGACAAUUUUAAAGAAAUUAUCGUGGAAUACUCAAUGUUUAAUCAAUAUUUUUCGUCUGAGGAUACAGAAGAAUUUUCUAGAAGUAACUGCAGUGGAAACAGCGAGGAGAAUUCUGUAAUUGAUUCGUAUCCUAAUAUAAAUGAUCAUUGCAAUUCGAAUGACGAUAAUGAUUUUGUUAAUGAAGAAGAAGACAGUGGUGAAGACUUAUUGGACGAAUUAGACAAAUUAUCGGAUAAAUUCUCGAGUUAUAACAACGUAUAUUAUGAAAGUCACAUGAAAAAGAAGUUGUUUAAACGUAAGAAAGCAGAUCAGCUGCAUUUAGCUCGGAGACGUAUGCAAGGUAGAAAAAGAAUAAACAAGAAGAUACCAAAUCUAACUGAAAAGAUAGUAUGCAAGAUUUGUGAUAAAAUAUUAGCCAACCAGCGUACCUAUGAUCAUCAUAUGCAACGGCAUAACGGAUAUAAGUACAUGUGUGAGCAUUGCGGAAAAGGUUUUCCUGUUCUCGUCGAGUUACAGAUGCAUCAGGUCGCUCGGCACGAUACAGGUCCCUUUCUGCAGUGUCAACAUUGUGCUUACAAAGCUCCGAGGAAACUGAAUUUAAUAGAACACAUAAGAUUGCAUACUGGAGAACGCCCAUACACAUGUGACAAAUGUGGUCUUACAUUCCGCAGACGAGCUCUAUGGAGGAAGCACAUGGUCUACCAUACAGAGAAGACGGUACAAUGUGUACAGUGUCCUAAAAAGUUUUUCCGUCGCGGCGAAAUGUUGGCACACGUAAACAGCAUGCAUGAACGGAUGUAUAUGUAUUUAUGUCACAAAUGUGACGCAACUUAUGCGAAGCCUGUCACAGUGAGACGUCAUCUGACCGAGCGGCAUGGUAUACCCAGAGAAAUGCAGGGGAAAAUUAUAAGAAUUAAUAAAGGGAGGACUAUUUUAUCUGAACAAUAAUGAAGGUAUUUAAGGUAUUCGAACAAGUGUGUAGUAGUGUAAGGUAUUUGAGC